AUUUCCGUGUUAUGAACUUCAGCAGACUUCAGACUCUGCUCAGCACAGCUGCACUACAGCACUUGCACAACACAUUUACCGCUAUUAAAGCAUACCCGCAGCUCACCCGCGAUAUUUGAGGAUGGCAGUGGACUGGUGGGGCUUCGCUUAUGCUGCAGCUCUUGCUCUGGGGGGAUUCAUGGGAUAUAAAAGAAAAGGAAGUGUGGUGUCUUUAAUCGCUGGACUCUUCUUUGGAAGUGUGUCUGCAUACGGAGCCUAUCGGAUAUCAAAUGAUCCACAGGAUUACUGGACCUCUUUGAUAUCUGCUGGCGUGCUUGCAGUUGUGAUGGGAAUGAGGUUCAGGAAAUCUGGGAAAUUCAUGCCAGCAGGGAUCAUGGCAGCGCUGAGCCUCCUAAUGGUUUUCCGAAUUCUGAUCUUCUAAGUGAUGUCCUGAACAGCUGCGAUGUUCAUUUAACACUAUUAUAACUGUGUCUUGUACAUUCCAAAUAAAUCUGUCUAUGUUCGCGUCUCAGUUUUAAUAAAGAAGCUUGUAAGUUAGUUCACUUCUCCUUAAAGACGUGGCUGAACACCUCCUUCACCACGUUCACGUACGCCUCGUCGGGCGGAGGCUUUCUCGCACUGCCCGGCUGCAGGAAUUU